GGCGCCAUCGUUCAUAUUUCUCCAUCUGCGAGCACGACGCAACAAGGCAAAGUCAACAAUCCCAAUCCCCUUAAUCAAAUCAAUUCAAGGUAUGGCUUAAUGGGGUGGGUGCCGUAAUUAGAAUGAAAAUCCCGAGAUAGAAACAGUGACUGUACCACCCAGAAGAUUCUUCUUCAUCCUCUUCUGGGUAAGCCAAUAUCGAUCAUCCCCAAAUUUUGUUUGAAUUUUCAAACAGAUCUGAAUUCUGCUUGGCUUUCGAGGUGUUUCUGCACCAGUAAGAACAUUCCCUCGUCUCCUUCCUGUCCAUGGGGGAAGAGAGAGGGGCCGAUGCUAAAAUUGCUCCAAAACUAACGAUUCUUCCUCUCGUCGCUUUGAUUUUCUAUGACGUUUCUGGGGGACCCUUUGGAGUGGAGGAUUCGGUGAGCACCGGCGGCGGCCCGCUUCUGGCGAUACUGGGUUUCUUGAUUUUUCCCUUUAUCUGGAGCAUACCGGAGGCGCUGGUCACGGCGGAGCUCGCGACGAGUUUCCCCCAAAACGGCGGGUAUGUGGUGUGGAUUUCGGCCGCUUUUGGGCAUUUUUGGGGGUUUCAAGAGGGCUUCUGGAAAUGGUUCAGUGGCGCAAUGGACAAUGCUCUGUACCCUGUUUUGUUUCUCGAUUACUUGAAGCGUUCUUUCCCUGUUUUGAACCAUUUAUUCGCUCGAAUUCCAGCUCUGUUUGGAAUCACUGUCUCUUUAACUUAUUUGAACUAUCGUGGUCUGCACAUUGUUGGGUUUUCUGCUGUUGUUCUUGCUGUGUUUUCGCUUUGCCCUUUUGUGGUGAUGGCCAUUCUUUCAAUCCCCAGAAUAAGGCCCAAACGGUGGCUAGUUGUGGAGUUUAGCAAGGUGAAUUGGAGGGGUUAUUUCAACAGUAUGUUUUGGAAUCUGAACUAUUGGGAUAAGGCAAGUACUGUGGCAGGAGAGGUUGAGAAUCCAAGCAAAACUUUCCCCAAGGCCAUGUUUGGAGCUGUGGUUUUGGUGGUUUCUUCUUAUUUAAUUCCUCUUCUGGCUGGGACAGGUGCCUUGGAGUCAAAUUCAAGUGAGUGGAGUGAUGGGUAUUUUGCAGAGGUUGGGGCCUUGAUUGGUGGGGUGUGGCUCAAAUGGUGGAUUGAAGCUGCUGCUGCCAUGUCUAACAUGGGCUUGUUUGAGGCUGAGAUGAGCAGUGAUGCUUUCCAACUUCUUGGGAUGAGUGAGAUGGGAAUGAUCCCUUCUGUGUUUGCUUCAAGAUCAAAAUAUGGGACACCCACAUUCAGCAUUCUGUGCUCUGCUUUUGGGGUUAUCUUCCUCUCAUGGAUGAGUUUCCAAGAAAUUCUUGAGUUUCUCAACUUCCUAUACUCCAUAGGAAUGCUUCUGGAGCUUGCUGCCUUUGUAAAACUAAGAAUAAAGAAGCCAGACCUCCACAGACCCUACAGAGUGCCCCUACAAACAUUUGGAGCCACAAUGCUUUGCCUACCACCUGCUCUCUUGCUUGUUCUUGUUAUGAGUUUAGCUUCUUUAAGAACAUUCUUAGUCAGUGGUUUUAUAAUUGCUGUGGGAUUCCUUCUAUACCCUACUCUUUUGCUGGCAAAGAGCAGAAGAUGGGCCAAAUUCAUUUCACAACAUCCUGCAGCUCCUCUUCCUGAUGUGGAAGAUCAGCCAGCCGAGUCGCAGCCGCUGCCUGAUGAGGCUGCAGUUCGGCUUCUUUCAGAAUCCGAGGAAGCCAAAUUCUGAUGAAGCCAAACUCAGAUGCAGUCGACUUGACCGUUGUUUGUAGGAAAAUUUUAGUUCUGAAAUGCUUGAUUGAUGAAUCUUUAAGUUGCACAGAAUAAUGCAUGUCAUGUAAACCAUGUUUAUGUACAAUGGGCAUCAUAUUCUUUUGAAGCUUUUGUACUUCUACUGAUAUCUUGUCUAUAUGAUCAUUUUUAUUACAAUUCAAUUUAAGCUUAAAUGGGAAAA